AUGCUAUCAGCUUCUAAUGAGAGGGCGAUUGAUGAAGCUGGAACCACUGCUUCAAAAAGAUCGAGUAGAGAUAUAAAAUGGCAGAGAAGUUUCAGAGCAUGCAUUAGUUGUAGAAUGAGAAAAGUGAAGUGUGAUCUGGGACCUCUUGAGAAUCCUCAUAAACCGCCAUGUGUACGUUGCAGAAGAGAAGGAAAAACUUGCAUCUUUUCAUCAGGUGGGAACGGUAUGAGCUCUGCUAAUUUGAGCACGAUGAAUGGAAAAAACAAUCAGGCUACAUUUACAGGUAUUAAGAGGGCACUAUCUGUUGAUGCAAACAGUACCUUGAACUCACAAUAUCAUACGACGAAGAUUAAGAAGACCGAGAACACAUAUAAGAGGCUUCCAAGAGAAAAAUGGAAGUUGGAACUGGCAUCAAUGCAAAAUUCAUUGGAAUUCUUGGCAAAAGCUGCAGAUUCUGUUGCUCACCAAAGUAAUCCUGAAUCAUUUAAAGAAACUGCAAAGCUUGCCAAGAAUGGGGCUUCGAAUGAUACAUCAGAGAACGAUACUCCUGUCCAGCAGCAAGACUCACCCAACGAAAACUAUCUCACACCAUUAACAACACCACAUAAUUCUCGAAGAUCUGCAUUACCCCAGUUAGAAAAAUCAAUUAGCAUAAGGCCUAAGUCAUCGCAAACUCUAUCUGACAUGGAAUUCAUAGGACCAUCAAAAUUACUGUCAGAGGAAGAAGCUAGAGAGUUAAUUGAUCUAUUCUUCUUAACUAUGAACCCCUUCUUCCCACAUAUUCCCUUGCAACUGCAAGAUGCUGAUGAAUUAGUAAGAUAUCCAAUUUUGUUAUGUGCAAUAUUGACAAUUUCAUCUCGUUAUCAUCCAUUCGAUGAAUUUGAUGGCUAUAAUGGCACUCCAGGUCGACAGAAACGAAACAUCCAUGUUCAUGAAAAAUUGUGGAUAUAUUGUCAACGAUUAAUUUCACAAACCGUCUGGGCCGAGGCAAGUACCAGGUCAAUUGGCACGAUAUUUGCAUUUAUCAUAUUUACUGAGUGGAACCCCCGUGCCAUUCAUUGGAAAUGGUCAGAUUAUGCAAAUAAUCCUGAGCAGUAUGAUAUGACUAAGAGAGAAUCAUUUUCUCAAGAACCAAACAAAGAUGAGGAUGGACUUACUGGUAUUGCUGCAAUUCGUAGAAGCGAUAGAAUGGCAUGGAUGCUUACAGGAACUGCUGUAAGAUUAGCACAGGAUAUUGGAGCUAUUGAAACCAGCGCAAAAGUAUUUGUUGCAACCCAUAUUUCGGAAUCAUAUACUGCUAUCAAUAUGAAUCAGGGAUUGAUUUUGUCGCAAUCAUUUAACGAAAGGAAUCUUGAUGGAAUAGACAAUUUGAAUGGUGUAGACAAUGAACGGCUUUACUUAGAACAGAUAUUACAAAAUGAUGAAAGUAAAGCAAGGUGGAAUGGGAUACUUAAGCUUUUAGAUAAUGAGGUCGGUAUAAGUGAGGAAUACUUACAAGAUGUAGAACGAGAAUUUUUAAAUGAUGAGUAUACCUUAUAUUAUGCUGAUCACGAUGAGGAUACUCAACAACAUACCCAGCAGAUUAUACCUCUUAAGUUUACCUCAACACAAAAAGCAAAAUUGGAACUUUUACGAAUUCUAAUAUUAGGAUAUGAAACCAUAUAUUAUGAGAAAGGUGACCAGCGACUUGUUUCAACCGACCAACGACACAAUUUAGCUGUCCUGAAUAUAUUGGCACCGUUGAUUGAAAGUUGGUAUAAUAACUACCGUUCCCUAUUAGAAAUUAGGGAGGGUGAGGUACUUUCGUUAAACCAGCGAAGAAACAAACGUAAAGCAUUUGAAAUGUCGCGACAAAUUAACACUGAGACCAUGAUUUCCGAUUACUAUUAUUGCCAGUUAUACAUAUACUCACUAGCCUUACAGGUUGAUGUAGAAGAAAAUAAGCUCAAGUUGAAUGAAAUAAGAAGAUGUGCUAGUUUUGUUGAAAAGGCCUACAUUGCAGCAAAGGAGAUACUGGAAUCGGCGGGAAGAGUCCAUAAAUUAAACAUGCUAAAAUAUAUGCCUGUGAGGUGGGUUCUACGAAUUGUGAGAUCGGUUGCCUUCAUUGUUAAAUGUUAUCUAACUCUGACCUGCAGUGAUCUUUCUACGAAUCCAGAAGCAAACACAAUACUACGCUUAAGUGCUAUUUCAGUGGACGAGACGAUUCAAACUAUUCAAACUGCAGCUAUUACAUUAAAAGAGGCAGCUCCAGAUGAAUUACAUUUAUGCACAAGGUAUUCUGCAAUUUUAAUGUACCUUUGCAGAGAAAUGAAGCUACGUGAUAAGACUAAUAACAACAACAAUACAGGCGAGAAUGAAGAGCAAAAGAUAUUAAUUGAGAACAGUAAUCCUGAUGGUGUAGAAGGCGUAGCAUCCAAUUUCGGUAAUGUGCCCUCAACUCUGCCGCCUUCAUAUGCUCAAAAGAGCACCACCAAAGAGCAAUUAUCAGACGAUGGAGCUCACAGUAUGUCUUUUAUGGAUGAGGGCCCAUCCUUAUCUAACAAUGUUACAGAUUGGUUCAAUGUAGGGGGAGAUAUAGGUCUUGAUUUCGUGGAACCUUGGACUGAAAUGAUCGAACAAAGGUAUCUGCAAAGUGGCGAUGUUAACACCAGCUUUGAAGAAUUAUACAGACAGCUUUGUGAGCCAUUCAAUGAGCAUUCCACGGACGGCUCUUGA